AAAAAAAUGAAAUCAAAAAUAACAACAACAGGAACUAGUUUUCUCAAAUUUUCCGACACUCAGGGACGGGAAACAAUUCUAAUUAGGGUAUCUCCGCGGGUCUUCUGGGUCGGAUGUGUCGGGGAUCGGGGUUGUCGGGAAGAGCUUCAGAAUUCGGGUCGGGGUUUUGCCAAAAAAAUUAUCGGGAUCGUGGCAUGGAGGAUGGGGAGCUACAAUAAUUCUAAUGGUAACCAAAAUCCUUCCAUACUAAAAAAUAAUUACAAUGAUGAUAAUUCUUAA